CAUCUUCAAGGUCUUCUCAUCUCAAAAGCAAUCUCAAGAAACGCAACUGAGGAUAAACACACCCUUGAAUGUCUAGAAUUUCUUUCUUUUAUCCGAUCGUCAAAUCUCACCAGCCGGUCCAUCUAUUCAAUUGAGAAAAAUCAUCAAACAUAAACUCUAACUUACACCGACCGAUUGUCAGACGAAGCAAAAGUGAAAGAAGAUGGACAAAUUCGUGAUCAGAAGUAAACCAGGAACUGAGCUUUCUACUAAAAAACCUAUUGAUCAAUUCAAAAAACAAUAUACACGACCUGUUCCAGUUCAUCGAAAGAAAAGUUCAAUCUCAUCAAGAUUACCUGAAGUUGGAUUCAUUUCAAGUUCAGUUUCAAAGAUCAAUCGACAAAUCGAUUCAAGUUUAAAAGACCCUUCUAAUCCCAUCACACAUAAUGAUGGAUACAAACGAGCUCAACAUGUAGUUAGUUCGAGUACUGGUCAUCAACAAUCUAAUGGUUCUUCGGCUUCUAGUUCAAGUAAAUGGCAAGAAGUUAGAAAUAAAAAACUUCAAGAACAAGCUAAAAGUGCCGAUACCAAAGUCCUUAAGAAUGUGAUUGCUUAUAUCAAUGGGUAUACAGGUCACAAGAUCACCAAUCAACAACUCAUCAACAUGAUCGUCUCAGCUGGAGGACAAGUGAGAAGGAUGCAAUCUGGAACAUGCACACAUGUGAUCACUUCUAUGGAAUUAAGUGGAAGUAAAACCCAAAAAGAAUUAAUGAGAAAAAAGUCAGGUGUACCGGUAGUGAGACCUGAAUGGGUGAUUGAGAGUGUUAGAUUAGGUAAACGACAAGCUGAAUGGAAAUUUUCAGUUUCUGAACAUGAUACACAGAAAAAGAUUACUUCAGUGUUUGGUCAAAGUGAUCAAGGUCAAAAAGUGACAUGAUCAUCAGAUCAUCUAGAUUACUUUUCUGACCUCCUUUUUUUACAUUAUAUCUACCUUGACAUCUAUACCCUAUUCUUCUUGUCUGUCUUAGUAUCUUUGUUACUCUAUUCUUUUUGAUUCUUGUAUCCCCUUGACUCUCUUUCUCAUUCUAGAUCUUUAAUUUGUUUAUUUCAAUAUACCCUGCAUUUUCUUUGAAUGUAUCUUUCAGUACAUCCAACAUGUUCAACAUUUUGACUGACUUCUAAAAAGCUCCUAAAGAGAUCAGAGUUUUCAAAAGCU